AACGCGGGAAAUCUAACAAGCGCGAAGAUCGCGGACAGUGUCAUAUUUGCAGCAGCUCAGGACCGGUGACGUGACCGGGGCUGCUCUGGCCUAGCAGCACGUAACGUUAGUGUGUACUGCCCGCUGUUGCUGAUGCUGAGUAUUCGCCGAUGCUUAAGAGUUACGUAUUCAGUCUACCUGUUCAGUUUAGCAGGGGUUGUAAUUUUUGCUCGAAAUUUUUUGUAAUACGUCUUUGUUUGCUGUAUUCACAGGCAUACUCCACAGACCACUGAAGUUAAAAGAAGUUGCCCUUGGAGUUGGACUGAAUUGAGAUUAAAGUUAAACUCGUACGUGCUGCAAUUAUUUGAACCUGUUCUACGAAGGGAGAUACAGUAACAUAGUCAUAGGCCUAAGUUAUCAUUCAACUUCAAGUUAAACUUCAACUCAAGCUCAACACAACUCUCUCUAUAUAUAUAAUUUUAGUGAGAUCUUGGCCAAAUUUUAAGUUGACUUUGAAUCUGUGAAACAUUCAAAACUUUCUUUCAUAGACUCGAGGAACUUGUUCUAGAUAGUCCAUCAUGGCUUCUGUCAGUGAAGAUGACCUCUCUGAACAGUUUGAAACGUUUGGAGUAACAUUGGACACCAGUGACCCUGACAUUGUUGACAAGUUGAAAGAAUUAUGUUUAUUAUACCGCCUGACAGCAGAGGAUGCAGUGGCUGAGUGGAUUGCAUUUUCUACAACUCACAGUGGACUGGCAAUUAACAUCGAUACACUAGAGCAACUUGAGAGAGAGGCACUGACCAAAAAGAGCUCUAAAGUCAAGACCCCUUCAAGCCAGAAGCAAGCCGCCAGAAAAACAUCAUUCUCAAUGCUUGAUGAUGAUGAGUCUGAUGAUUUGCUUGAUGCUUAUACCCCUGGCCCAAAGGCAAGACAGAAGAGAGUUAUGACAACACCAGACAGCAUUACAAAUAAGAGAACGCCUCUGAGAGAGAAGAAUAUCAAGAAAGAAGAUGACAUUACAUCGACCGGCAGUUCACCCUCAUUGUCUGCCACUCCUUCUCAGAAGUAUAGCAGUCGUAGCAAAUCAGGCGAGGUGGUGGCCAGCUUCGGACCGGUCACUUCUGUCAUCUGGGAGGGGUCCAACUUGACCAAAUGCUGCAUCUCUCGAGGUCGAGACAACCAAUGUAUUAAGAAGUCUGACAAGUACAAGUAUAUGAUGCAGAAGAUGAAGAAGAAAGCUGAUGUUCUGAAUGAAAUGAUUGAAGACAUGUCAAAAACCCUUCAGGAGAGACAUAAUAUUGAGAGUGUAUCCCACUUGGCAUUGCCCAUACAGGAAUCAGAAACAGUUGUAGGUAGGAUCUGCUGUGACAGCAAUGGCCGUCUCAACGCUCAGUCCGUCAUGAUGGAGGGAUCUGUCGAGUCGUCUGCUGGUAAACAGGUCGCUGUCAGUCUUGCAGAGGUCAAGGAGUUUUCCCUGUUUCCGGGUCAGGUCGUUGCCAUGGAUGGGGUCAACAGUGCUGGGGUCAAGUUUGUGGCUUCCAAGAUAUAUCCAGGUGUGAUGGGUGACUUUGCAUCAACAGACUUCCCUGAGGCUACAGGAAACCUUCAUCUCUUGCUUGCUGCGGGUCCCUUCAGUACCUCUGAUAACCUCAGCUUAGAACCCUUGGAAGAUCUUAUCAAAGUUAUCAAGAAGACCAGACCAGAUGCUUGCAUUUUGCUUGGGCCUUUUGUUGAUGUUGAACAUAGCCAAAUCAAGGAUGGAUCACUUGGUGAGAGUUAUGACAAGGUCUUCAAUGAUAUCAUACAGGCCACCAUUAGGAAAACAGAAAGUGUUGGUUGUGAACUAAUCUUUCAGCCAUCUUUGAGAGAUGCUCAUCAUCAUUUCAUCUAUCCUCAACCACCUUACACUGACAUCAAGAACCAACCAAAGAGAGUGCAUUUUGUGGCUGAGCCAGAGAUGAUUAAUAUCAAUGGAAUCAAUAUAGCAUCUACCUCAACAGACAUUGUAUUCCAUCUGAGUCGAGAAGAGAUCUCAUGUCCUCCUGGUUCAUCUGACCGUCUUGGUCGUCUCGUUCGUCACAUCCUCAGCCAUCAGAACUUCUACCCUCUAUACCCACCCUCUGAGGAGAUUCCGAUAGACUAUGAAAAAUUCUCCCAGUACGGAAAGAUGGGGUGCGCUCCACACAUCUUCAUCUGCCCGUCUCGGUUGCGCUACUUUGUGAAGGAAAUUGAAGGUGCUGUGUGCAUCAAUCCUGGCCUGUUGACCAGCGGUCAAGUCGGCGGGACUUAUGCUAGACUAGUGAUAAAAGAUACUGGUCCAAAGAAUGAUGAGACAAACGAUAACAAAGCCUGGAAGAGGACUGCAGUGGAAAUUGUCAGAAUAUGAAGUGGUAGCAGGUUACUUUUUACUUCCAUACAAAUAAUUUAUGAGGGAACUCGGUAUGACAAGAUAUUUAUAUUUCAGACCAUUGAAUCAUAUGUUAAGGC